AAAAUACAAAAGACAAAAAAGUAAAGUAAAAAUUAUGGGGAAACACACGGAAAAGAAAAUUCGAGAAAAGAGAAAACAACGCUUUGAUCCCAAGCCAUUUUCUUUCCUCCACUUUAGAGAAAAGUCUUACUCGUUUUCCUAGCAAAAUUUUCUCUCCUUUGUUUUUUCUUUACGCUAGAAAGAGAAACAAAAGAAAAAAAAAAGCCUCGUAAUUUAGAGAGAAGAGGCAAAAAAUGGAUAAAUUUAAGAAUAUGUUGAAACCAAAGCCAAACCCACAACAAUUAUUACGAGAUUGGCAAAGAAAACUUCGUCAAGAGUGCCGUAACAUUGAACGCCAAAUCAGAGAUAUUCAGAGGGAGGAGAAAAGUGUACAGAAAGCAAUUAGAGAAGCUGCCAAGAGAAAUGACAUCGGUUCUGCCAAGGCACUUGCAAAAGAAAUUGUAAUGUCAAGAAAAGCUGUGAACCGUCUAUAUGAGAAUAAAGCCCAGCUUAAUUCAAUAUCAAUGCACCUUGGAGAAAGUGUUGCAAUUGCUCGUACUGUUGGUCAUUUGUCAAAGAGUGCUGAAGUCAUGAAACUUGUAAACAACCUCAUGAAAGCUCCAGAAAUGGCUGCCACGAUGCAAGAAUUUAGCAAAGAAAUGACCAAGGCUGGGGUUAUUGAAGAAAUAGUAAAUGAUGCUGUCGACACAGCAUUGGAUUCAGAAGACAUUGAAGAAGAGACUGAAGAAGAAGUCGAUAAGGUUCUUUCAGAAAUAGCUGGUGAAACUGCCGCACAGCUUCCUGAAGCCGUUCGGAAGGAAAGAGUGAGGGUACCUGCCCAAAGAGAAAGCACUUCCCAUGAAGAAGAAGCGGUAGCGGAGGGUGCAGAUGAUGAGGAAGAGUUAGAAGAGAUAAGGGCUCGACUUGCCCGAGUUAGAUCAUAAACUCAUACUUCCUUUUGGUGUGAUUUUGCUAUCUAUCAAGUAAACUCUGCUUUGUAUUAUUAAAGAGCGUUUUGAGCUCAUUGGUUGUGUUUGAAGGAGAGCUUUGAACCCACCAUACCAUCAGAGAGGGAUUGACAUUGGAUGCAUUGGGGGCAAUUGCUGCACUGAAAUUCUACCUUUUGUUUUUGGAUAAUAUUAUGUCAUUAUGCAAGUUCAGAAAGUUUUAA